AGUAUAUGACUUCUUCAAUUUUUCUCUAUUAUAAAAUGCAGAAAAUAAAAUAUAUAUUUAUAUGUUAAGUGUCUUUUUUUAAAAAUUUAAAAAAUUGUCAAUAGUAAAUGUUUUGGCAGCUUGAUUUGAUUUUUUAUUUUGUAAUAGAAAAUGGGAGAGAAAGAAUUAUACGACGAGAUUUCUAAGACCAUCGACAACAGAGCGUCUGACUUAAAUCAUAUUAGUCAGGAAAUUUGGAAAAAUCCUGAACUUGGAUAUGAAGAAUUUGCAGCUCAUGAAUUACUAACAACAUUUUUGGAGAAAGAAGGAUUUAAUGUUUCAAAGAAAACACCAUUGGAAACUUCUUUUAUUGCAAGAUAUGGAAAUUCAGAAGGUUUAAAAAUUGGUAUUUUAUGUGAGUAUGAUGCAUUACCUGGAGUGGGUCAUGCUUGUGGACAUAAUUUGAUUGCAGAAGCUGGUAUUGGUGCAGCAUUAGGUUUAAAGGCAGUAUUGAAACUCAAACCGGACUUAAAAGCAGAAUUGAUCGUAUUUGGAACACCUGCUGAGGAGGGUGGUGGCGGGAAAGUGAAAAUGAUUGCUGAUGGUUGUUUUGAUGAAACUGAUUUCUGCAUGAUGUCUCACCCUACUCCGUACGAACUACCAGAUCCAUAUUGGUUGGCAAGAAUACAAUUGACGGUGGUUUUUAACGGUAAAGCAUCUCAUGCAGCUGCUGCACCAUGGGAAGGCAUCAAUGCAUUGGAUGCUGCUGUUGCAUGUUACAACAGCGUCAGUAUGCUGCGCCAACAGACUAAGACUACUUGCCGUGUCCACUGUGUGAUCACGGAUGGUGGGCAGAAACCCAAUAUAAUCCCUGAAAGAGCUGCAAUGAAUUUUUACAUUCGAGGUCUCACAGACAAAGAUACUGAUGAGUUGGAAGCAAAAGUGAGGAAAUGUGCGGAAGGAGCCGCAUUGGCGACAGGAUGUACAGUGAAAUUAACAAAUGAUGACCCUAAAUAUUCGGCUGUGAAAACUAACCCAACACUGAUCAACCUUUACGUGAAACACGCCAAAGAGCUAGGCGUGGAAUUCAAUGACGAUGAAUACCGUACCAAGCUACUCGCUAGUACAGAUAUGGGGAAUGUUUCUCAAAUCAAGCCUUCCAUUCAUCCUUUGUUCAAAAUAAAAUCCGAAGGCCCAAACCACACUCAUCAAUUUACUACCGCAGCAGGACACGAGAAUAACCAACUUGCUACAUUAAAAUCUGCUAAAAGUAUGGCAAUGGCAGCGCUAGAUGUAAUUUGUAAACCUUCCUUGAUGGAGGAUAUAAAGAAAGAAUUCCAAGCGUCUUGAUCGGACUUGUUGAAAUAUUUUUUUUAUAAAUAAAAAUUAUUUAUAAAUUGAAAAAAAAAGAGAAUGGAAUAUUACAA